AUGACAGACGUGGCUGAUCCCGUGUCACGGCCGACGCGUGAGGACAAGCAGGAUGGCGAGCCGGGUCUCGAGGCCGGGCCGCGAGACACGCGCUUCGAAUUCGAUGCCCCUCGAUACUACGAUUUCGGCAAUGGCAGCCCAGAGUCCACCAUGGAUCGACCGGAUGACUGGUUCAGCACGAAGGCGACUGCCGGUGGGAAGACGGGGGGAGCUGUAGGAUUUAGGCCGAUCCAGGACCCACCCCAGGGUUCCGCCCCUGCGCCGGAGAAGGGAGCGGGGGCCCAGCCCAGCCGCCCAGACCCGCCGGUGCUCUCGCACGGCAUCACGGGAAAGGCGGCACGCGCUGUUGUUCUGCCGCCGCAGCCCGAGGUCCCCGCGCCCAGGCGGACGGGACAACCCUCCCACCGGGCAGGUCCCGCCUCGCAAACCGCGCGGACCCCUGUCGAGGCCGGGUCGCAGGCCCAGAAGAAAGCACGGGUGCAUGGCAUGCGCACCCGCUCCGCCGCCAGCGAGGAGCCCCCCCCCGCCUCACCAUGGAGGUCGAGAGCAGAGCGCAUCGCAGAGUUCGAGGGGCGGCAGCCGGCCCGAUCAUCCCAUGCAGCGGCGCGCACAAGAGCAGGAGGAAGGGCUGGGCCCGCGAAGCGGCCGCGGAACGAAGGCGCCGAGACCGGCGCGGGGAGUGGCCUGACCCUGCCGCGCUCGCCAGCCCUGGCCACGCGGAAACGGGCUCGGCCGCCGCGCUUCAAGCCCAGGGAGGAGGUGGAGGCGGAGGAGAUGGCGGCGAUGCCCCCCUUCCGCGCUCGCCAGCUGGAGUGA